UUGGAAGCCUUCUUUACAUUUGUAAGUCUCUACAAGUCUCGUGGUGGGUGGCCAACAGAAAUUUAUGGUUCUGUUUCCUUGUUAAACCUCUGUGUGUGUGUAUCCAUGUUUAGGGGAAGGCUCCUCUUUGCUGCUGGUUACAUAAGCCUUCUUAUUCAUGUUCUCUUUUGUGUAAAUUGUUGUAAUUCUUCUUCUUGUGGAGAUAUCCAUAACAUCACUUUCCCCUUUCGACUCAAAUCCGACCCAGUUGAUAAUUGUGGAUACAAGUAUGUGGAACUUGAGUGCGAAAACAAUCGGACAGUACUACACUUGUUUUCUGGUACAUACUACGUGCAGGCCAUCAACUAUGAUGAAACUUACUACAACAACGGCCACAGCGGCCACAGCGGCGGCCACAUCAGCCUGGUGGAUGUGGGGAUACAGAGGAAUAAUUGCUCUUCUGUUCCUCUUCAUUCUUUAACUCGUUAUAACUUUACUGAAACAUUAGAUCUCAUACAUUACAGUAUUGAGAAUUCAGAAUCAUUUGUAGCGUUAGUGAGUUGUGAAAAACCAGUGAAAUCUCCUAUCUACAUACACACUACUAGUAAUAUUAGUACUGCUUUCUGUGAAAACAAAGGAGGACGAGGAGGAGGUGGAGAAGGAGGAGUCAGAGGUUCGUCAUCGUCGAAAAAGCAUUCAUACGUUCUGGUCCCAAACGACUAUUAUCUUGAUUGGUCAAUUGUUGCAAACUUAUGCAGCGUCGACAUGCUUUUUCCGAGAAGGCUGUUUCAGCUUCCAGAAGGUCCUUUAAUAGAACGUAACAUGACCAGCUUGUUGGAGGUCCACAACGCGUUGGCCGAUGGAUUUGAUCUUCACUGGCAUGUCGACAUCGACGAAUAUUGCAGACGUCAAGCACUUUGCUCCUCCAAUCAUACUCAAAAUUUAACCGCGGCCGUUUGCCGAAAGGAUGAUGGGUUGAAACAUUAUGACUUGAAGUAUCAGUUGGUUAGUGACUACAACUUUUUAAGGCUGUGUGUCUUUCAAGUUCAAGUUCCAUAUAAGAGUCCUCUGGAUUGCCAAUAUCAGUAUUGGGGUUACGAGCUCAAAAUCAUAGGAGGAAUCCUUUUGGCAAUCCUUUUGGCAAGAAUUCUAUUUGGCUUAUGUGCUUUUGCAUUUUUAAUCCGUAAGUUUAAGAGAAGGCAUUUAUCGAUGUUCGAUAACAUUGAAGGUUAUCUGCGAAGUCAAAAUCACCUCAUGCCAAUUAGCUACUCAUACUUACAUAUUAAAAAGAUGGCCAAAGGUUUCAAGGACAAGUUGGGAGAAGGAGGCUAUGGUUCUGUCUACAAAGGACAGCUUAGAAGUGGUCACCUUGUAGCGAUAAAAGUAUUGGGCAAGCCCAAAGCCAAUGGACAAGAAUUUAUCAAUGAAGUUGCUACCAUAGGAAGGAUUCAUCAUGUUAAUGUGGUUCAGCUAAUUGGAUAUUGUGCAGAGCGAUCUAAGCGAGCUCUUAUAUAUGACUUCAUGCCAAAUGGAUCUCUAGAAAAGUAUAUAUUUUCUCAAGAAGGAUAUAUACCAUUGAGUUGUAAGCAAAUGUAUGAGAUUUCUCUAGGAGUGGCUCGCGGGAUUGAAUAUUUACAUCGGGGUUGUGACAUGCAAAUUUUGCAUUUUGAUAUCAAGCCUCACAACAUUCUUCUUGAUGAGAAUUUCACUCCAAAAGUUUCCGACUUUGGGCUUGCAAAAUUGUAUUCAACUGAUGAUAGCAUUGUGACUUUGACUGCAGCAAGGGGGACAAUGGGUUAUAUGGCUCCAGAGUUGUUCUACAAAAACAUUGGAGGCAUUUCAUAUAAAGCUGAUGUUUAUAGUUUUGGAAUGUUGUUGAUGGAAAUGACUGGUAGGAGGAGGAAUUUGAAUGCAUUUGCUGAUCAUACCAGCCAAAUUUACUUUCCUUCUUGGAUUUAUGAUCAAUUCAAAGAAGGAAGGGACAUAGAAAUGGGAGAGACUAAUGAGGACGAAGGGGUGAUGGUGAAGAAGAUGAUAAUAGUGGCUUUGUGGUGCAUACAAAUGAAGCCUAGUGACCGUCCUUCGAUGAACAAAGUUGUAGAAAUGCUUGAAGGGAAUGUUGAACAAUUGCAGAUGCCUCCCAAACCUUUUCUAUGCCCACAAGAGAUGCCAACUGAAGAUCAUAAAAUUGACACAAAUCCUACAGAUUUGCCUAUGCCAUCAGGUGAAUGCACAAAUUCCAUCACUUUGAAUGUAAGUGAACCUUAAAUGGUUUCAUAUCAAACGCUUCAUAUUUAAGUAAAUUAUAAUUGUUGGCAUCCUCUGUUGCUUAUGUAUUAUUGAGGCAGCCUUAUCAAACAUAUGAUGGGGAAACCAUAGAUGCAUCAUUAGAUUAAAUUUUUUUACGAAAACUUAGUAUUUCGUU